ACGUGAAUGCGGGAAUCAAGGCCUGACGUAACGGAGCCAUAAAAUAAACGCUUGCGAGUUCGGUUAGGGUGGUGGCUGGACCUCUCUCUGUCUCGAGAGAGAGAGAGAGAGAUCGGGCUGCACUCGCUGGGCAGUCUGAGCUGGGCCGGGGUCUGGAGGGUUUAAGAUCAUGGCCGAGACGCAGGUGGACUUCGAUGGAGAUGGCGAUGUGGCUCUCUCGGAGCUGGAGUGUCCCGUGUGCUUCAACAGCUACGAGUUCUUUGUCCGCAAGCCCAAGCUGUUGGCCUGCCAGCACGGCUUCUGUGCCAUCUGCCUCAAAGUCAUCCUGGAGGAGAAGGACGGUUGCUGGGUGGUGCCUUGCCCUCUGUGCAGGCGUUACACUCUGGCCCUGGACGCUUCCGUGGCCAACUUGCCGGACAACCCCCGGGUCGUGGACCUACUCUCCAGGAGGACGUGCCCUUUCCCCGAGUCCGUCCCCGAGGUACUCCUCGUUCCGCACCUGCUUCUGCCGAUGGCGGACGCCGGGGUCGGGGGCGAAGUCCCGGAGGUCAGAGAGGACCUCGACUUUCACGUGGACCAGGGCGAGAUCUUGCUCGCCGGCUGUGCCGAAAGCGCCACCAAGCGCUUCCUGUUGACCCUGAUCUUCUUCCUGAUCAUCGUGCUCGCGGUCCAGUAUUUCGUCAAUAAAGCGUCUCUCGUCUGGGUGACUGUGGUGCUGGGCUCGCUCAGUGCCCUCAUCACGUUAACCCUGCUCUACAGCUGCUGUCAGAAGAGAGGCCACAGACGACUGGGCGCAUCCUGCAACUGUAACUGUCCGUGUCUCCCCGCGACCAACAACUGACCCGGUCAACGUCAGCGUAAAGAUUUUAAAUUAAGAUCUCCUCCCCUUCUCCCCACUCCGCACUCCCCC